AUCGUUGCCUAGCGACUGUAUACCCCGAAUUCAAGAUGGCGAAGGGAGACAAGAAAAAGAAAGACUCUGCCAAAAAGGAGGCGAAAUCAGAGCCACCUCCCACCGAAACACCAAGUGCAGAAGAAAAGAAAGAGGAAGAUGUCCCAACAGAAAAUGCAGAGGAGACGGCUACAGAAACAGAGACUAAGGUUGAGGACCCACUACCCAGGGAGCCCACCCCUGAACCUGACUAUGAUGAACCCACCCUCACAGACCUCAUUGUUGAGGCGUUUGAAGGUGAAAAGUUGCGAGGUCUGUAUGAGGGAGACGGGGUGGCCAAGUUUGCAGGAGAGCACGUGUAUGAGGGCCAGUUCACAGAAGGUCUGAUGCAUGGCAGAGGGCGGUACACCUGGGCAGAUGGCAUCGUAUACGAGGGUGACUUCUAUAUGAACUCGGUGACAGGUACAGGCAUGUACAGGUGGAAGGAUGGCAGUACGUAUGAGGGAGAGGUGUACGAGGGUCUGCGCCACGGACAGGGAACCUUCAAGUGUUCCACCAAACCCUGCUGGUACUCGGGACAGUGGCACAUGGGCAGGAGACAUGGGCAUGGAGUGAUGUACUACAGCGAGGACGGCGCCUCGUUCUACGAGGGUGACUGGGUCCAGGGGAUCAAGCAGGGCUGGGGCAGGCGGGUCUACAAGUCCGGGAACGUGUUCGAGGGGCAGUGGAUGAACAACCAGCGCCACGGACAGGGGACCAUGAUCUGGCACUCCCUCAACCAGAGAUACGAGGGGACGUGGGAGAAUGGAGUCAUCCAUGGUUUUGGGACCCACACCUGGUUCUUGAAGCGCGUUCCUGGCUCCCAGUAUCCCAUGCGGAAUGAGUACACAGGGGAGUUUGUGAACGGGGUGAGACAUGGCCGAGGGAAGUUCCUGUUCGCUGGAGGUGCUGUGUAUGACGGGGAAUGGGAGGACAACAAGAAAUAUGGUUGGGGAGUCUUCACCUUUAAGAACGGCAGGAUAUUUGAGGGUCAGUUUGAGAAUGACCACAUGCUUGACCACCCAACCUUCAGUAUGGACGGUACCACCACCCCUGACCUGACUGGCAUACGCACCAGGACCCCACCUGGCUACCAAGAGGAGCUGAUGUCUGUGAAGAGUGCUGAGAGUAAGAACACGCUGGGCCCCAGCCUGGCGCUCAACAUCAGACACCUGCUGGACGAGUUUCCUGAGGUCGACAGGGACGAGGAACAAAACCAGGUGUUCUGUGUGGUCCUGCGGCACAUCAGCCACCUGAAGCGCGUGUACACGUUCUACGCCAGCCUGGGUCAGGAGGAGGUGUCCGACCAUGACAACACCUACAUCAUGUCCAAGCUGCAGUUCUGGAGGCUCCUCAAGGACUGCAAGUGUCACGAGAAGGGCGUCACUCUGGCCGAGAUGGACCGCAUGAUUGCCCGAGGGAAGUCUCCAGAGGAGAUCCACACUCCGUACGAGCAGAUGUUACUGAGAGAGUACCUGGAUCACCUGGUCACCAUUAGCUACCAUCUGUACCAGGAUGAACUCACCGAGGACGAAAUGGCGACAGGGAGGAUCCUGGCCACCUGUUUCUCCAAACUGAUCCAGAACAACAUCUUACAAUAUGCAGGUUCCGUGGCAGGUAACUUCCUAUAUGAGCCCAGGAGGGCGGUAAACGCCCUGGGUUACAUGGAGAAGUGCUGGGAGAUCUACAAGCUUCAGUGUAGACAGAGGAGACAUCUGCCGCAUGAGCCCUCCAUGAAGAUGAGACAGUUCCUGUGGAUGAUGAUGGAUUACAAGUUGCUGAAUGAGACCCUGACAUCAGGACAGGUGCUGCGUAUCCUGUCUACAGACGACCCCAAAGUGUCAGACGGGGAAGAUUGUAACCUGGAGUUGGAGAUGACGUUCCUGGAGUUUUUUGAAGGCCUGAUUGGCUGUGCUGUGAAGUACGUGACAGAGGACGUCCUGAAGAACCCAAGUCCGCAGGCAAGCGAGGCGGGGUCCCAGGGGGGAGACAUGGACGAGUCUAUCGCCAGCCCAGCCUCAGCCAUGUUACACUCCAGAGCCAGCCAGAUGUCUGCCCGUGGUCGUGAGAACGAGUCGCCAGAGUCAGCCUCCCCAGACCUAGGCUCCCCCAUGGCCAGGGCCUCCACUGUCGACAUCAAGCAUGACCAGUCGCGCAAGACUCUGGAUACUCAGCCAUCAGGUGUGCUGAGCAGCUCUCACACAGACCUGAACCCUGUUAGCAGUGUGGUUACACAGAAGGUCACCUCAGAGCACAGUCCUGACCACCUGAAGAAGAGUUCGUCGGUGACAGUACCUCUGGAGGAGGACAUGUCCGGCCUGGAGCAGCACAGGAUCUCCAUGGUCUCCAUGGGACCCAGCGGGGAGACGCUCGAGGAGGUGCCUGAUGAAGAAGAGCUUGAGGAGGACGAGGAGGUGAUGGACGAGUCUGAUCGACAGUUCAACUUCUGGACCAAUCAGAUCCACCUCUUCUUCAUCCGGCGCCUGUUCCCGGCCUACGAGCACAUGGAGAUGCUGAAGGAGGAGACGGUACGGGACCGCAUCCGGGCUGCCGAGGAGGCCAGGCUGGCUGCCAUCAAGGCCGAGGAGGAUGCCAGGGCGAGAGCCCAGGCAGCAGAAGAAGAAGCCUUGAGGAAAGCGCAGGAGGAGCUGGAGCGACCCAAGACGUCAGAGACUGACGUCACUGCUAAAGAAGAGGAUGAGGUUGCCACCACUGUCACCUCCAAACCAUCCAAGUCCCCACCAAAGGAAGACAGACCAUCCAGAAAGAGCAGAAAAUGAUGUUUGACCUGUUCACAUGUGACAACAUUGUACAUACUGAUUUUUAUGUCUCAAAGUAGAGAAAUUCACCUUGGUUAGGGGAGUGUACUACACUUUUAUAUGGGAAGUAUUCACAAGAAUUGUUGUGUUCUUACAAAUGAGUUUGGUUGGGUUGCCAUGAGAAUUAUGAAAAAGAAUGUUUAAAUUACAUCUGUCUCAUAUGUUGUACAGAAGCAGAAGCAAGCACUUUUGUUUUGUUAAACCAAUGGCAGUCCUUGGUGAAACAAAGACAUAUAAUGUUAGAAUAUAUAACUAUGUAUAUAAUGUACAGACUUUGAUGCUGUUUAUACAGGUUUGAAAGAUCAAGCCCCAAUGUAGUACCAUUGUAUUUGCUGGCAGAAUUCUUCUACAAUAAACAAAUAUUGCAAGCAUUCAA